GUCUAAUAUUAUAAUUGUCUGUACUUUAGGAACCACAUAUUUGAAUAGUAAAUAAAUAAUACAUUACAUAAUUAUUUAUUAUUGAUAAGACGGUGUUUGAAAUUUUAAAAAUCGAACAUGUCCCUGUACGAAUGCGAUGCGAAACAACUACAAUUAAAUAGUUGUAGAUUUUUAUAGAUCUAGUAGACGAUCAUCUUCUUGAUGGGACUGUACACAAUGUUAUACGAUGACAAUAAUUAUUAUAAUAUUAGGCAUGAGAAAACCAUCGUUUGACCGAAGCAAAACAGUUGAUGACCAAUUCGGGCUCGAGCCGGCCUAAAAUCUGAAUCCUGCAUUUUCCGUCAGUCUAUUAAUAGUCGAUCCAGGCAGCUCUUGUGUUUUGCAGCGACGUCGAUUUACAAUUCGCCGAUUCGGGACUCCUUCGCAAUGGCGACUUUAUUGGGUAUCCAAUUAAUUAUUACAAUGAUCGCCAUUAAUCUAAUUCAUCGUCUCAGUCCAAUCUAUUCAUUUGCUCGAUGGACACUAUGUUCCACAGGACUUGUUCGUUACUUACACCCUACAGAUAAAGAGCUUAGACAGUUAUCAGGGCUAAAGAAAAAAGAUUCAAAAUUAAGUAAACGACCUAUGCAUGCUCAAAAUGAUAAUAUUGAUGUAUUUCAGAUACCCAAAAAUUUAGAUAUUGAAUUAGAAAAUCAACCUAUUCAAGAACAUGAAAUAUAUCAGCUCAGAUAUUUUAUGGAAUAUCAAUGGCUGGUGAAUUUCUCUUUAUAUGCAGCUUUAGUAUAUUUAAGUACUGAAAUAUACUCUUACUAUUCACCAAUCGAUAAUGAAAUUAAUCUUAGUAUGCUAUGGUGUUCAAUCGUCAUUGUUUUCGCGUUCAAAAUUCUUAUGUCUCUGACUUUAGAAUACUUUCGUGGUGGUUUUGAAUCAUCGGGUGAACGUUCGACUGUAAUAGUUGCAGCUUGUGUUCAUUUAGUGAUUGCUAUGAUUAUUUUAGUCAUAGAUGAGUCCAAACUUGAUGUUCGAUUGGAUACUGCUUACAGAAGCUUUAAUGAAACUUCAACAGCAUUUUUAAACAAUCAUGGCUUAUCUUCUCAGGGACCUGCAUCAAAGUUAAUAGUAAAAUUUUUCCUAGCUUUAUGGUGUGCAGUUACAGGGGCCAUGUUUGUAUUUCCUGGAAUACGUACAGCUAAAAUGCAUUGGGAUUGUCUUAGAUACUACGAAUGCAAUGAGCUACAUGGCAAAUAUUUUUCAUAUAGUUCAAAUUUCAUCAAAGGUUUUUUGAAUUUUAGUUUAAUAACUCAUUUUUUGCUCGUUUUACUUUGGGUUAAACCAAUAGCAGUGGAUUUAUUAACUGCAAAAAAUCUUUCCGGAUUAAAUAAACCAUUAAUGACAUUAGAACAGUUUGAGAGCUUAAGAUGUUGGAUGGUAGUUUUAGUGGUUUUUCAAAGACUUUGUCUGAUGCCUACGUUUAUGCAAGCUUAUCUUAAUAUGGCUCAUGAGCGUUUGGAGCAACAAAAAAAAGAAGCCGGAAGAAUUACCAAUAAAGACUUACAAAAACAAGUUUCUGUGAUUUUUUACUACACGUGUGUUGUGGUGCUACAAUAUGUUAUACCACUCGUGAUGAUGUUAUUCUUCAUAUUCUUUUAUAAAACAUUAGGCAAUUUCAGUUGGGUUCAAAUUAUUGCGAACUCUUCUCCGGCAAUAGAUAAUAAUAGUGAUCAGAAUUCAUUGCUUGAAGCUAACCAAGCAUAUUUUUCUAUUCAGUCUUUAAAACAAGUAUUAACAGCAGAUGUCUACCGAGGAAUAUUUGGCUUUGCUACUUGGUGGAUAUGUUUUUCAUGGUUUCUAUCACUGUCAGUUGGUGUAUUCUAUCAAUCUUACUUAUCGCCUAAGUAAUUACUUGAUUAAAAGUGUCUUUGUUUUUAAACAUGUAAAUACAAUUCCUAAACAUAAUUUUUGUAAGAAAACAAAAAGGUGAUUUUAAUUGUUUAACACUAGACAUAUGAAAAGUUUAAA